AUGGCUUCCUCACUCGACAACCACUUGGAUCAAGACGGAAUGUGCUCGGUGUACUCGGCUCAGCCAUCGGAGACGAAUUGCUCAAUUAACGAAGUAUUGGCACAGGAAAUGAUGGCGGCUAAUGAGGUGACAGAUGAUCAUGCCGAAGUAUCGAUCUAUUCCGUUCCAAAAUCUGAGACAAACGUGACAAUCAGCGACCCGUUCCAGGCUUGUGAAGCGAUGAAUAAGUUCAAUGUAUCGGUGUAUUCCGCGCCAAAAUCUGAGACCAAUGUCACGAUGAAUAACAAGUUCGAGAGAUGCCAAGAUUUAGCAAACGUGCUCGAUUACUCUGUCUAUUCCAUCCCUCCAUCCGAAACCAACGUUACCAUGAAUGCCCCAACUCUCUCCGAAUACACUGCUCUUAUGUCUGAAACUGAUGUCACCAUGGCUGAUGGAUUUCAGCCUUGCGAUGUUCUGAAGAGUCUUAAUCAAGAAAUCGAGUCCUCCGAGCUCACUGCAAAAUCACUUCGUUUCAACAACUCCGCUUACGUCGAACAACUCCAAAUGGAACUGGGAAUUCCUGAUAAGAAAGUGAUUGGACUCGAAAGUAGCAACUCGUCGAUUGUGAAGAUAAUUGAUUCGAAUGAGUGUCUGGUGAAGCUCGAAAAGUUUCAGCCAGUUGCAGUGGAUUUUAGUCAAAUGCCAGAGCCUGUUUCUUAUAGCAAAUCGAUAGCUGAAAAAUCCAUCGAGAGCUAUCUUCUUCGUUCCACAGCCAGUUGCAUUCAACAUGAAAUUUGA